CGGGCACUCAAACUUAUCAGCGUCGUCAACGUAAACAAGUUUGGAUUUUAAAUUUUCGACACAUGAAAAUUUCCACAAUCUCAAGACUGAGUUUAAAUUAGUUUUCUUAAUGCAAUAGAAUCAAUGUAGAAUUUAAAAUGUCCUGCUUUUUGUUAGAGGACUUGCCUGAAAUGCACGUAGCCGCAACAGAAGCUGGAUUCAAGCUUAAACUCUACAAAUUUCCUCAGGUUCCAGCCGAUCGGAAGCAAUGGUACACUGCAAUCAAACGCUACAUAAGAAAGGGCCGUCCAUGCCAGCCGCGGGAAUUCGACCAACUGUGCUCCCUGCACUUCAAACCGUCGGAUUUCAUCGGAACGGAUCUAAUCGAGGGUUCGAUUCCGUGCGUAUUUUCUCCUCUCAGCACCGCGGACCUGUGGAAGCUGAAUCGAAAGAGGGCCCAAGCCAGGUGCUGCGUUCCCAGCUGUGAUACGUCCGCCCACUAUAACUUGUACCCGUUUGUUCCGGCACACGACGAAACCGAUGCCAGGUUGGCCAGAAAGCGGUACCAACUGUGGGUGCGGACACUCCAGGUGGCGCCUUGCCGAACCAGGCCGGAAGUGUGGAUUUGUCGGCGACAUUUCGUGUACGGAUUUCCCGCCAAACUGAGCGACUUCCUCGAGGUUGACUGGGUUCCGACGCUGCAUUUGGAGGGAAUUCCUCCGAAUCCCUGUCGGGAGUGCUCGGUUGUUUUGGAGAACCUUCCGGCCCAGCAGGACCGUGAUCGCGCGCCAAAUUUGAACACUCCGUUCUGUCGACUUUGCCUCGAGCAGAACGUCCCACUGCAGUCGAUGUUCCUGGACAGCAGCGCGGGUCAGCGACUGGCCGAAUUGAUAAGGCAGUUCGUGAACAUCACGGUUGACCUGCGGCACGACUCCGACAGCUCCGUUUGCAUCGAGUGUCUGAAGAAGCUGGCCCAAAUGGAGGAAAUGGUUCAGGUCAGAGCGCGCUGGAACGCCAACAAUAAACUGCUGGAACGGCUUCGUGAGAACAACAAUCAGCCGGAAGAAACUGUCAUCAAGGAAGAUUCGCACAUCCAGGAAAUGGACUCACUGCCUGUAGUAUCAAUCCCACUGGACACGCUGUUCAACAGUAUCUUCGACCCACCAAAGGAAGAAACCCUUCCGUACGAAGACUUCAAGGAAGAUCUCGAGCAACACAAUCCUGCCGAAAUUUCACAAGACUGCCUAGUCGUAGACCCGCCCGCUAUCGAAACCGUCGACCUAACCGAAAUCGACGAACGCGAACGCCUUAUCCGGCAGGCCAUGCGCACUCUCCGCAAGCAACUCAAACCACGCAAACGAAAACGCUCCAAAACCAGCCAGAACACAUCAAGCGAACCACCGCGUCGUAAGCCCUGCCGGAACACGCGAAUCGGAUAAAUCAAACACGCUUCAUUCGCAGACAGAUGACACACACACUUUAAUCGUCUAUCGUAAUGACAUCCGGCGAGUCGACGACGUCCUGCUGCUGGUCGGAAGCCGGUCCCGUGACCUCGUACAUUUCGCUGAAGAUGGGAUCCUUUUCGACGAGGACGCGCUCCAGAAUUUCGUGCGGCGAGAGCUUCCUGCCCAGCAGCACAAACUGCCGGCUGCCGUCGGUGUCCUUGCCGAAGCUGCGCGUCUUCAGCUGCAGUUGCAGGGCCAUGCUGUGGUGGAGAGAGAAGAGAAGGAGCGUUUCUUAGUUAUUGGCUUAAAAUGAGUUAAAAGUAGUUGAUUUUGUCGGUUAGAUAUGCGCUGGAUUAGUAAAUACUUGGAAUUAAUGAUAAUUU